CUUCAGAGCGCCACCGUUUUUUUUUUCUUUAUUUUGUCCUGUCUGUGAGUCGGUUACCAAAGAAACUCCUCCUAUGUACAUACAAUAAAUGCCCACAUUUUCAUGUUUAUCCAAACACACAUCCUUAAAACAACAAAAACAACUAGUGUUCCUCAAGUUUCUCUCAGUCUGCUGCUCUCAUUUGGAAAUAGAGAUGAGUUCUGUCCAGGGACACGUCAUCUCACCUGUCGGGGUCCGUGGAAAACAAACUAAAGUCCACUCGCCGCCUGCCAAUGGUCUUGUCCAGAGACACGUCAUCUUCCCUGUCGCAGUCUCUGCAAAACAAACUAAAGUCCACACGCCGCCUGCCAAUGCUCUUUUAAGGAAAGAUGAAAUUUCAAGUGGAUUCUGGGGUGUGAAAGGAGUAAGUUGUGGUAAGACUAAUGUUGGUGAUCGACUGGUUAACUGUAGUUUAAGCUCAUCGUCCGAUGGUCGUGGUAGCAUGGCUGGAAAUUAUGAUGACUAUGCAGUGGAAUAUGUUUAUUGCAGCGUCAUGAAUGCUGUUGAGGUGAAGAGUAGUGAAAAGGAUGGUUUCGUGAUCAAAUUGAUCAGUGGUCGGCUUUUAAGAUGUGCCCAUAUCAAUCCUCUGGCAGGGAAGCCACCUGAACUUUCUCCUCACCCAGCAAUUGUACUAAGGAUGGAAGAUGGGACUGGUCUUCUCCUUCCCGUUCUCGCUAUGGAGAUGGAGAGUAAGUUGGCAGUGUUAGCACUGAGAAAUGCCGAAAAAUCUAGGCCUACUAUAUAUGGAGAUAUGAUGACAAUGGUUGAAAAAAUGGGUUAUAAGGUGAAACUUGUUCGUAUCACAAAGAGAGUACAUCAAGGAUUUUUUUCACGGUUAUACCUAACAAAGUUGGGAGACGAAUCACAGAACAUGACAUUUGACGUGAGACCCCCUGACGCAAUUAAUAUUGCUUUGAGAUGCAAGGUACCAAUCCUGGUUAACAAGAAUUUGGCUUAUAGACAUGGAAUGAGAGUCAUCAAGACUUUAUAUCAUGCAGCUUUACCGGAGAGUGUCAUACCAAAAAGAGACUGGCGUCGUGAAGCCUUUGAAGCUGCUCUUAUCAACAGCAUGUUGUUUGCCCUUGGCCAGGGGCGCUACGAAGAGGCUGUUUUUUUGAGGGCGAUAAUACUCGAAUACAUAGCAUAUAUGAAUUACAAGAAGAACAAGAAAACUUAGCAGGACUUGGAGUUCGUGCGAAGAUCUGUAGUAAAAGGGUCUUUCUAACGUGUGUAAUGGCGCACACUAGAAAAAUCGUUAGUAAGAUGCUAGUGAAAAAUUUGCAACUUUUGUAAUAAUUCAGUAUUGUAACCUUUAUGUUAACUUAUGUUUAUGCUCUAAACGUAGACAGAUAAGUUAAAGUGUAGUGAUUCAGUGACUUUGCGUUGCAUUUAGUAUAUUUGUUUUUAUUUAUUUGUAUAAAUGUUCUAUUUUUAAUUUUUUUUGAAUCAA